AUGAGGCUUACGUUCCUUACUUUGCUGCUGGCUGCAAAGAGCAGGGCGGUAGUCCGGUUCCACUGCUCUCAGUUGGUCGUUGAGAGACUGGACCCUCUCGUCAACCCAGGGUCAAUCCCCUCGAGCCAUGUCCAUCAAAUUGUCGGCGGUGAUGCCUUCAACGCCACGAUGGAUCCCAGCAGGGACCUCCCGGCAGAGUCGAGUUGCACAACCUGCCAGUUCGCCGACGACUUCUCCAACUAUUGGACAGCGGUCCUGUAUUUCCGAGCACAGAACGGCAGCUACAAGCGGGUGCCUCAGCUAGGCAACAACCAGUUCGAGACGGCCCGGGGCGGGCUCACCAUCUACUACAUGCAGGAUGCCAUCUACGACCAGGGCCAAAAGUCCAAGGUCCAGGCAUUCAAGCCGGGCUUCCGCAUGUUCGUCGGCGACCUGACCGCACGCACCCUCUCCGCCGCAUCCCACUCCCGCCAGCUAACCUACGUGUGCAUGGACACAUGGACGAGCCGCGCCCCGGAAACUAUGGCCUUCCCGACGCGGCCCUGCCCGGAGGGCAUCAUGACCUCGCUGCGCUUCCCGACCUGCUGGGACGGCAAGAACCUCGACAGCCCCGACCACCGCGCGCACAUGAGCUACCCGGCGACGGGCACCUUCGAGAGCGGCGGGCCGUGCCCGGACUCGCACCCCGUGCGUGUGGGACAAGUGAUGUACGAGGUGGUGUGGGAUACCAGGGGGUUUAACGAGCUGGAGUGGCCGGCCGACGGGAGCAGUCCGUUCGUGUGGUCAUUUGGCGACGCGACGGGCUACGGGACGCAUGGGGAUUACGUGUUCGGGUGGAAGGGGGAUGCGCUGCAGAGGGUGUUGGAUGCGCCGUGCUGGUUUGAUACCGACUGUGCGGAGGAGUCGAAUUCCACGCUGCAGUCGAUCGAGGCUAUGAAUAGCUGCUCGCAAAAGGUUGUGGUGGAUGAGGAUAUUGAUGGAUUGCUCGACGUGCUUCCAGGCGGAUUCCACGCUGAUUAUGGGCACGGUGAAGUGUAA